AGUAGACAAACAAGAGUUACUCUAACAUCGAACGCUCCCUUUUGUCUAUGAUCCUGCUUUUGGAUAUAAGACACAUUAUUACCGUUGUUAUUAUGGAAUUUUCUUUUCAUUCAUAGAUUUAUAACACAAUCUUGUUUCUCAUAAAGCCUCUCCGCAGUCUAAAUCAAGCCUCCGAUACGCAGGUACAGGCUCUACUCAUCAGUGGUGGAUCUAUAAGCGACAUCAAAUAAACCUACAUAAUAAGCACACAUAAGGUUUCGGAGCCUUCGAGAUGUUAUUCAUUUCAUGGUAACAUUCCCUGAUAAACUUCAUCAACCAAUCAUUAUUGCUCGAAACUUGUUUCUCGACAUCAUCAUCAACAUCACGUUCGCCUCAGCUUUGACUUACCCCUCUCAGCUCUCGCAUCGGAAACAUUAGAUCCGUAGGCCUAGACUGAACUUGUACAUAUCAACUCAUUCACGAUGAACGUACGGCCACCGAUCGAGGCCUCUAGCACUGAGGCUGUACUGUCUGUCUCUUUCAAUAACGAUGCAAGUUGCUUUUCUGUAGGCCUUGGCUCAGGUAUCUGCAUCUUCCACACAAAGUCAUGCCUUCUCAAGGCUUCAAGAGAUUUCAACGCUGGCAUCGGCCUCGUUCAAAUGAUGGGUACAACCAACUACCUUGCUCUUGUUGGUGGCGGCAGGUCGCCCAAGUUUGCCAUGAACAAGGCUAUAAUAUGGGACGACAUGAAGGGCAAAGUUGCCUUGGAAAUCACAGCAUUGACAGCAAUUCGUGGCGUCCAACUGGGUAGGGAGCGCAUCGCUGUUGUCCUACAAAAUAGCGUGCGCGUCUACUCGUUCGCCAAACCUCCUGAUUUACUUCAUGUUUACGAAACUGCAGAUAAUCUCCUCGGUCUUUGCUGUCUUUCUGAGAAGAAGCUUGCCUUCCCCGGCCGAACUGCUGGACAGAUACAACUGAUCGAGUUGGCGACCGGGAAUGUCAGCAUCAUUCCGGCCCACUCUUCAGCCCUCAAGGCCAUUGCAUUGAGCCCAGAUGGCGAACUUCUGGCCAGUGCAAGCGAAACAGGUACACUAAUCCGUGUUUACGCUACAAGCAACUGUGCCAGGCUUGCUGAACUUCGGCGUGGCAUUGAUCCUGCGACUAUCUUUUCUCUUGCCUUCUCACCUUGCGGAACGAUGCUUGCCUGUACCUCUGACAAGUCCACCCUUCACAUCUUCGACGUACCACAUCCACGAAAGCCAGGAAUGAGCCGAAGUCAACAGCUCGGCGCUUCUGGAUCAGACCCCGGUGACGGGACGGGGAAGUGGGGUAUCCUCAGCAAGAUUCCACUGAUGCCUCGAGUCUUUUCCGACGUCUACUCUUUCAGCUCAGCGCCUUUUGAGGCUGGUGAUGAAGCUGCUAUAGGGGGCAUUUCUUUCUCAGAGAGCACUGUUCUAGGAACAUCACGGCCUCCAAAGGGCGUCAUUGGCUGGAUCGGCGAUGAUAGUCUUGUUGUUAUAGGAGCUGGGCAUGAUGCACGAUGGGAGAAGUUCAUUAUUGUUGACGGCGAAGAUGGAAAGCGACACUGCGUAAGGGAAGGUUGGAAGCGUUAUUUGGGCAACACAUGAGCCAAGUGAGGCCCUGCUACAAGGCAAGCUAAUGAUCACAAGGGAUACGACUCUUAAUGCUGGGCAAACUUGGGAUGGGCGUUUGAGGGGUUCAGGAUAAGUAGAGCUACUUUGGACCGAGUGAAAUAUUGUUUUACAGCAUAAUGUGCUUUAAUCGUCGCGCCGUCAUGGCGAUCGACUUCUACUCCUUCUCCUUGAUGUUUUCUCCUCCUGGUCUUCUUCCCUGCGUCGUUUGUGUCGUGACUCGUCAUGAGCGUCGUCCCUAUGCCUUCUAUGCUCUCGAUCUCGAUCUCUCCUCCGAUCUCGGUCAUGACCACGAUCAUCCUCGUCAUCCUUCCUCUCCCUUCGCCUAUCUCUAUCCCUAUCUCGUCUCCUUUCUCGGUCCUGGUCAUCAUCUCUGUGUCGUCGGGAAUCCUUAUCACGAUGUCGGUCCUCUUUGCCUUCGGGAGUCUCGUCUCGUCUUGAUCUACGGUGGCGGUCUCCUUCGCUUCCAUCCCUCCUCGAUCUAUGUGACCGAUGAUGUCUGUGUUUGUGUUUUCGAUCCUUCUUUUCUGCUUUGCGCCGCGCCUCUUCAACUUCCUUCUUCUUCUCUUCGAUCAGGAAGCCCUUCAUGGGGUCGUCGUCAUCAUGAUCCUGCAUCAGAAGCACAAGUUCUCGCUCUUCUGGUAGCAUCGGUCGCUUCACUUCCUCCUCGCUACUCUCAUCUUCUGACAGCGCUUGUCCCUCUCGCCUAAGCAUGUCCUCCCAGCCGACCUUGAACUCUUCGGGGUCUUCAUCAUCCCGCGCUUUGUAUCGCGCAUGGUCGACACUGAUCAGGCGACCACCAAUAUCCGCUCCGCCAAGGUUGUCAACCGCUAAGUCGGUACUUCUCUGGUCCUCAUACUUAAGCCAGCCAAACCCCUUCGACUUGCCCGUCUCUUUGUCGCGAGCCAGCUUCAAGAAUACAGGUUCUCCAAAUUGUGAGAAAAUCGUUAUUACAUCGCCUUCGGAUAACUCGUAAGGAAGACCGCCAAAGUAGACGUAGGCAGUGUCUCGAUAGUCUGUAUGCCAGGAAGCUUCUGGGGUACU